UCAGAAGUCCAGCAAAUGCUCUUUCUCCACAUAAACAGUUUCUUGAAGGAGCAUUUCAAUCCUGUCUGGGCCAGUUUCAACAAAAGUCUACAGGACCUGUCCAUUGCUCUGCACAAUCUUUCCCAGAGUGUGGAAGCUAACCGGAAGAGCAUAGAGCGAUUCCAAGAAAGUUCUGUGCCCAGAAAAGAUUUCCAAGAACUAGGGACAAAGUUCGAAUCCAAAGUCCAAGCCAAUGUUCUGAGGGCCGACCAGAUGAAGCGAGAAAUGGAUCAUCAUAACUACCUGCAACAAGCCUCCAUCCAUUACAAUCUUACGAUGAUCAAAGCGGAUACGGACCUGAAGCUCAAGAGACACCACAAGCUGCAGCAGUCUUUUUUAUUGGCUUUAAACAACAGUUUGGCCGACAUGAGACAAGAGCAAAAUAAGCUCCGUGGUGAGUUUGAGCUCCUAAACAGAAAUGUUGCAAUGUUCCCAAGGCAAUUGGGCAAUCAGGGUGAGGGGUUUGCUGAUAUAGAUAUGCAGAGCUUCAAUCAGACUUUGGAAAAACAUGCUCGGGAGCUAAAGACACUUUAUGAGGAGUCUGAAAAAGACUAUGAAGAACUAACAGAUUCCAUCACAAGGCUAAAAGACAGCUCAAAACGUGACAUAGAGGACUUCCGAGUACGAUUAAUAGAAGGGAGUCUCAUGGUCGAUGAAUACAGAGAAGAUGUAGAAAGGAGGAUUUUCGUUCUUAAUAAUAGUCUGGCAGAUAUUCAGGAAAAUUACCAGAGUCUACAGAAGUCCAUGAAGACAUGCUGUUGUGAAGACCAGCCUUCAAGUACUAAUGUGGAAGACUUAAAGAACAUCACUGAGAUGCAUGGAGAACAUCUGAAGCAUCUGGAGGCACGUUUAAAAGAUCUCACUGCUGCUUUCCCGCUUAUCCACCAAUCUUUGGAUUUCCAGCAAGAGCAAAGUUGGAAGCUACAAGAUGGCUUGUCUCUCUUAAAAAACCAUUCAGAAGUUUUUUCUGAGGAGAUUGAUAUGGUGAAAAAAGCCGACGAGAAGAUGCGGGACCAUGUGACGUAUCUCAACAGUUCUUUUAACUCAUUGCUGGUGGAUGCAUUGAGACAUGAGAAGGCCCUUGAGAUCCUGCUUGGAGAGGAAAUUUUGGAACACCUAUCUGAAGAAGAAGAGGUAAUUCUAUCCACAGAUCAACUUCCUGUGAUGAGCAUCAAAUUAAUUUCUGACCAUCUCAAGAAGCAAAGUAUGACACUAGAAUCUUUUAAGAAGAGAAUAGACUUUUGGGAAGCAGAUCAUGAAAAUAAUCCACAUGAUCAUAAAUCUUCGAAAGAUCCUGAUACUGAGAAACAAAUAGACCACAAUCCCCAACAUGGUAGAGUAGAAUAUAUGGAGCCAAACCAUGAAGCUGUCAUGGAGGAUGCCUUAGACAAUCCAGCAUACCAUGACAUCACAACCCUAAAAAGAGAGAUUGGCCACCUUACCAAAGAGAUGAAGAAAUUUGAAUUGCAUUGGGAUCAUAUUCAUUCCUGCUGCAAUCAAACUGAGGCCAACCUAGGGGACCUCCUCAGCGUUUCAGUGAAGGAGGUGAAGGAAGAUCUUGUAUCAGCCCAAAAAAACUUUGAAGAACAUCUAGCGAUCUUUCAGAAAUUAUUUGGAAAUAGUAAGGAGUUGGCUGCCUCAAACAUAAGCCUGGAUGUAGCAAAGCUCCAGUUGCUGUUGAGUAGAAAAACGAGGAAGCAUUUUAAGGAGCAAGAACAGCAAAACAUGAAGAACAAGAAAGAGGUCCAUGGCCACAGAGAAGUCACUUUGAAUGGAAGAAACAAGAUAAAUGGAGAGACAUUGGAGGAAGGCACCACGGUGGCUUUCUAUGUGCAAUACGCUGAAGAUAAAGAAAAGCCCUCUGUCCUUAACCGCACCUACCUUAACUACGGAGGAGGUUACUCUUACGAACAGAGCUGCUUCAAGGCAUCUCAUCAUGGGGUUUAUAUGGUGGUGGUAGGUGCCGAGUUUCCUCCAGGACCUGCCUUGGGACAACUGGUCUUCAGCAACGGCCACAAAAUGACUCUCAUAAACAACAAGAAGCGGAAAUCCAGUGGUGGCUACACAACUGUCUUCGCUCUGGUGGAACUGGAGAAGGGGGACUUGAUGUGGUUUGAACUGGUGCAAGGGGACACAGUGAGACAGAACACAGCUGGCCUGAGCAUGGCAGGAUUCCUGCUCCUGAAAACCUGAGAAGGGGCACCUUGGUGACAUCAGGGGGUCUUCCUGCGAGCGCAGGUGGUUUGAUGUUUCAAUGAAUGGCCUGUUUUCUCUGCGCUAGGACAUUAGUCCAGCAAUGCUUUCUAGAAGGACUUCAGUAGCUGCUUAGCCACAGCUCAAGCGAGGUGGAGUUGCAGAAGACAAUUGGUUUCUUCAACUAGCUACCAGGCAGGUGCUUGUGACGUUUUUUCCCCUUUAUGGUCCUCAACAUUCUUGUGUUGCCAGCCGCCCCAGAAUUGUUGGAGACAUGAGACAGGCGGCAAAUACAUUUUAUAAAUAAAAACUCACUUCCGAUCCCAACGCCCACAGUUUGCAAAGCCAGGCUAUGAGUAGGAAGAGAGAGUAACGCUUCUAGAACCCAUCCAUGGAAAAAGCCAACUUUGUGCAUCACUUUAUCCAAACAAACUACUGUAUUUUUCGGAGUAUAAGAU